GCACGGAUCAAGGGGGCAAGGCGCCGCAAAGUAUAAAUACUGUGACUUCAAUAGAGGAUCACCAGCAGGUUCCCAACUCCGCUACCAAAGGAGGAGGAAUUGGCUGAGAAGACACAUCCUUAUAGCCCAUAUGUAUUUUUUUUCCUUCCCUAACCUUCCUCCAGAGUUGGCAGCAUCAUCGCCUCGUAUCAUCGACAAUGGGUCGACUCUAAAACGAGCCCCACCAUUGAUGUCUUAGGCGGCCGUGGAGCAGAGGCGCGAGAGUGCACGAGAGUGUGAUUCUUUCUUUUCUUUUUUUCUCUCCCCCCCUUUUUUUUUUUUUUCUUCUUCUUCUUCUUCUUCUUCUUCUUCUUCUUCAUAAGGGAGAGAAAGACAGUGAUGGAAGAGCUCACCGCGUUCGUGUCGAAGUCUUUCGAUCAGAAAGUGAAGGAGAAGAAGGAAGUGAUAACUUACCGGGAGGUUUUGGAGACCGGCUCGGGGCGCGCGGGGAGCCGGGAGCCCUCGGCCGCGGAGCCGGGCAGCCGGGAGGAGGCGGCCGCCGUCCCGCGGAACGUCGCGCUGUCGCCGGGCAGGGAAACGGACAUGCUCGGCCCGGAAAGAAUUCGGGACGCCGGGAGCCCCAAACUCAUUGACGGCACCACGGACGUGAAGGAGAGGAAAGAGGACUCGAAGCCCAUCGAGGACGAGGCGCAGACCAAAAUCAAACAGCGGCGAAGUCGGACUAACUUCACGCUGGAGCAGCUCAACGAGCUGGAGCGGCUCUUCGACGAGACCCACUACCCGGACGCCUUCAUGCGGGAGGAGCUGAGCCAGCGACUGGGACUGUCGGAGGCCCGAGUGCAGGUUUGGUUCCAGAAUAGGAGAGCCAAAUGCAGAAAGCAGGAGAACCAGCUACAUAAAGGAGUCCUGAUUGGAGCAGCGAAUCAGUUUGAAGCUUGUCGUGUAGCGCCAUAUGUCAACGUGGGGGCUUUACGGAUGCCAUUCCAACAGGAUAGUCAUUGCAACGUGCCGCCCUUCUCCUUUCAGGUGCAGGCGCAACUGCAGCUGGACAGCGCCGUGGCCCACGCGCAGCACCACCUGCACUCGCACCUGGCCGCGCACGCGCCCUACAUGAUGUUCCCCGCGCCGCCGUUCGGCCUGCCGCUGGCGACGCUCGCGGCCGAGUCCGCGUCCGCCGCCUCCGUCGUGGCCGCGGCCGCCGCCGCCAAGAACACCAGCAAGAACUCGAGCAUCGCCGACCUGAGACUGAAGGCCAAAAAGCACACGGCCGCGCUGGGACUGUGACGCCAGGGGGACCCGCGUGCGCACCUGGCGCGCGCGCUCUCCGGCGCGUACUCGCGACGGACGGACGGCGCACACGGACGCUCGCAGAGUGCCGCGGCCCGGGGACAGAGCGAGGGGAAAACACUAUCCGCGGACGAUAUUUAUCUUCUCUUUUUUAAAUGAAGGACGACGAGUAUAACUAUAAAGAACAUAGGCUAUUUAUGUGAUAAAGAGAAGACGAUGAAAGGAAAAAAAAAAGAGUAUUUGACGCGAUAGCCUGCACAGACAUGAUAUUGGACGCCAAAAGAAAAGAUACAUAAUUGUGGCGUCUGGGAUGGACCGCGAGGUCCUGCACGAGGGUCUUUCUCUGAGGAAGACAGCGGGACACCUCGAGGAAGCAGCUGGGACGGUCGACACCUUUCUGCAGUUGUUUUUGUUAUGUUUCAAUAUUAUAUUAAUAUUAUUGUUCUAAUUUCAGUUGGAACCUAUAUAGAGGCUGGCCUCGUUCAAAAAAAAAACACACACACACACACACACGUUCUCUGUGAAAGAGCAGAGCAGGAACCCUUUGACAAAUUAGAGACAAAAACAAUAAUCGCAGUGUUUCUCCCUUUUCUGUGUUUCUUGUCCAAAAUUCAAAAACAUGCCUCAGCUGUGUUUGCACGAGUUUGUCCUCACGGAUGACGUGAUGUGAGCCACCCCCCCCCCCCCCCCCCCC